CGUCGAAUGUAUAUAAUUAACAAUACAUCGUAUUAUAAAAGUAGAUAAUUCGUGAAAAAAUAAUCGAACAAUUGAGGAUUUGCAAUAUAUUAUAAGAAUGUUUCGUGACGGUCAAUAUUUGGAAGUAAUUAAGGCUUCAGAUAAUUGUUUAGCUACGGCUGUUGUUACUGUUCAAGAGAAGACUAUAAAAAUUAAAGAGAAAAAAGUUUCAACUAAUAAGUGGCUUGAUCUUGAGGAUUGGGCGGCACUGUACAAAAUUUUGGAGAAGGCAAUUUUGCGUAAUUUUGGAACGGAAGGAUCGCUUCAGGAUUUUAAAAGAAACAAAUGGAAAAAGUCUACUCGACAAUUAGAAGUCACAUACAUGUUCGAGGUACCAGAAAGUGUAAAAGACGUUACAUCGUUACCUACAAUUAGAGUGUACGUGUCUCCCGCAAAAAGAAAAUCGGGAAAAACGGAAUUACUUAAAACAGUGUCAGAAAAGGAAGAAACUCGUGAUCGAGCGACAGAAAAAACUACCGUUCACACGCACCAAAAAGAUAAUGGCAAUACUUCACCAAAGAAGUCAGAAAAUAAUGAUAUAAUGACGAAAACAUCAAUUGAUACGAAAAAUGAUAGAACCAAAAGAUAUUUACCAAUUGAGUGUCUAGAAAAUGAUACGUUAGAGGAAUACGUGCCAGACGCACCCGUGACAAAAAAGUUAUGCGCGAACUUGAACUACAUACCGAGCCGGAAAAGUACGUUGGAACAGAUCCAAGUAUUUUCAAAUGAAUACUCUCCUAUGGUAUCGGAUAAUAAAAGCAUAACGGAAGUAGUUCGAUAUGUUCCGAAUUCCAUGGAUUUAUCAAAGAUAUCUUACGAAACAUACGAACCGAGUACUACGGCUUUAGUAAAUCAUCCUGAAGAGUACGUUCCUAAUUCAAAAGGAAUGAAAACUUCUGUUGAGGAAUAUUAUCCAGAUUUUACUAGUAAAUCGAUGAAAUUUGACAAUAGUUAUGUGCCGUCGAGUGUUCACUUGACUAAUGAAAAUUCUAAAAAACUAUUGGACCAGCACAAAAAACUACAAUUAAAAAAAUACACGUUGAGACAAAAAGAAACAAUAACGAAGCGAAAUAUGGACCUGUACACUUAAAAUAUUUAUAAAAAGA